UUGGGUUUAUUGCAGUGAUGGAUGCCGUAUAAUUUCCGCUCCGUUGUCGCAGUUCCAUUCCAGACUGACAGGGGGCGCUGACAGCUGGCGGCUAACUCUGUCCUGUCAACCAACUGUCAUGGCGGCUCCCUGUCGGAGGUUUACCUCACGGUGAAAUUUAUCAGUCAGACUUAAUUCAGGAUGAGCUGAAAGGACAAACACAACAUUGUCAGGUGAGUACAAAUGUGAAGCGAACUUCGGGCUACCUGCCCGUGUUUUGAUGUUUCUGGUCGGUCUGAGCCGUCAGAAGCUGAAAGUACGUGACUUGAGUUUUCUGCCGCUGAUCCGCUCUCAGUCUCUUCGCCAAACUGCAUUAAGUUAUGAAGCAUUUUGGCGCUGACAAGUAUUGACGCUUGUGACCACUACGUUGAAGUAAUGUUUCUGAAAUGUGUUUUGCUUAAAAUAAAUUCGGUGGUUAAAUAAACCACCAGACACCCUUUAUUUUUUUAAUUUAUCAGUUUAUUCUCUUCAGUGUGGCUGCUUUUCCCUAGUUUGCUUUCACCUCAUGCUUGCUGUCUAUGUAAGGUCAAUCACAUUAAUUUAAUGUUUCUGUAUUGAUAAAUCAAACUCAUACAUUUGGCUAAGCUGUUGUAAAUGAUCCUUUUUCUCUCUGUUACGUUUAUUCUCCUUACCCAUUACAUUUAUUGAAACAGCUGGUCAGUACAUUCUCCUGUGUAUGUGGAUGGAUGGACGCAAAACCGAACUGGAUUUUCUAACUAAUUUUAUAAUUUUAUCUAUGUCAGCAUCGAGAACAAAUGUGAAGUGCCGUUUCAUAUUCAUCCUCUCAAGUUUUACAAUUCGGCUCAGCCUCUCUCCCCAUGCUCAGUCUGUCCCUCUGCUUUUCAGACAGACACAGAUACACCCACCUGCCUCCUCCUGCUCUUCCCCUUGCUCUCCUCUCUCCACCUGCCUCCUCCUGAUCCUCUCCCUGCUCUCCCCUCCCUACUCUCCUCUCUCUCAGAGUGAAAGAAGAGGCUCACCUGUCCUUCCAUCUCUGCAGGUAUGAGUGUGAUGUCAACAGUGGCGCGAGGGGCCUGGCGGCUGGUCCACGCUGACUCCUUUCUGCUCAGUAAUGUCCUCGCUCUGCGCCUCCACUGUCCUUCUCGAAGCUCCGCCCCCUUACUCACCUGUCCAUUGAAUAGGAGAUUUGCCUCCAAACAGGUAAGUCUGAAUAUGUUACUGAGGAAAUUGAGAUCAGAAACGACAGGUGCCCUUUAACCAAACAAAAUAAAAAAUACUCAUUGCACAUUCUACAAUAACUAAGCUAAAACUUCAUCUACUUUAUAAGUUUUUUAAAUACAAAAUUUCAGCUUUUUUCAGUCCAAUAAAAAACAGGAUUUUACAUGUUUAUGAUGUUUUUUAAGGUUCCCUCCUGCUGCUUUCACUGUGUUUUUAUUAGGAAUAAAAUCAGUUGGUUGAUGUGUGUGCAGGUCAAAAAUCAGAAGAACUGGCAUCGGGACAAGCCAGUUAAAGCCAAAGCAAACAAACAAGAAGUGGAGAUCAGACCUGGGAUGACGGCGGCUGUGCUCGCUGAGGCCAUGAACAAAGACUUUGGUACAUUCAUGUCAUACAAACUGUUGAAACAAGAAAAGCUUCUACAAAACAGAUACUCCCUUGUACAAAUACUGCUGUUCACAGUGAAUCUGAAAAAGUUAUUGUGAAAUCUAGGUAAAGGUACUCAUGAAGUAGAUACAGUAAAUUUAAUUCCUGGACAAAGUGCAUUUCAGGUCCAGUAAUAGGAUACAUAAAACCCAGUUACAGUGCAUUUAAUACUUAGUUAUGGUCGAUUCUACUCAUGAACAGUUCAUUUGAGGCUCUGAUAAAGGUUAUCUAAGACCUUGAUACUGUGAAUUGAAAACUUAGAUACAGUAAACCCCAGAUCUAAAUACAGUGAAUCUAAAAGGUAGACACAGUGAACCUUAGUCCUGGAUACAGUGACUCAAAGACUUAAAUACUGUCAAUCUGAAACUAAUACAGCAAACCCCAGACUUAGAUUGAGUGAAUCUUAAGAAGUAGAUACAAUUAUCUGAGAAGUAGUUACAAUGAAUCUGAGAAUUUGACACAGUGAAUUUCAGAUGUGCUUUUAGUGACUAUAAUUUCAACAACAGAGAAUCUAAGACCUAUUGACUCAAAGACCUACUUACAGUGAAUUAGAUUUUUUUUUUUUAAUCAAAUGCGAUACAACUAGUUUUUUUGUGCUUGCCCUUCCUAUUAUUUAAAAUAGACAGAGCCUCUUUAUAUCAAAUGCAAGUUAAGCAAUAGCAGAGGACCCAGUAUGCUGCCUUGAGGAACACCAUACUCUAUCAGGCUGCAAGCUGAAUGUGUUCUAUUCCAACUAACAUAUAGUGUUAAAUGGGUACUGUUUAAACUAGUUAAGGUCUGUACCAGCAGCAGCAUGAGACUGAAGCUGUUUCACGAUGACUAUCAAUCAUCAAAACCUUCCGAUGAAAUGAUUAAAAACACCCAUUGUGAAUUCUUUUAGUCUGAAUCUGUUGCUUUAUUAUCAGAUAUGAUGCUUUUACAGUACCCAUCACAGACCUGCUUAAAUAUUUGACUAAUCAGAAAAUAGUUAUACACAUGUAAUUUAUGACUGUUUAAGAUCAUGUGUUGGAGGCUCUGCUGAACACAUCCAUGGACAUAGACUCUCUGGAGCCAGACACGGUCCUGGAGGAGCGAUGGGUCAAAGAGGUGCUGACUCGAUCCGGGAUGAAGUUCAGAUCAGCCAAACUGUACGAGACCAGAGAGAGACCCAACCGGGACACACACCGCAGGUAACACAUCCUACUGUGACAUUACUGAGGAUGCUGCAUGGUGUCAGAUAUCAGAUGCAUGUUUGACCUCUGUCUUGUCAGGCCGCCAGCUGAUCCAGCCAACCUGAGGCCCCGCCCCCCUGUGGUCACCAUUAUGGGUCAUGUUGAUCAUGGUAAGACCACACUGCUGGACAGUCUGAGGAAGAGCCAAAUCGUCUCGACUGAGCACGGAGGGAUCACACAACACAUUGGAGCGUUUCUGGGUAACAGCAGCACACCUGAGCAGGCUUACCUGAUCACUUCACGCCUGAGUAAACUCAACUGAUUACCUAACCACAAUUUUAUACCAUCCAAUCAAAUCCACCUGUGGGUUUUUUCCUUCUCCAGUCAAGCUUCCUACAGGUGAAAAAAUCACCUUCCUGGACACUCCAGGUCACGCUGCCUUUUCUUCCAUGAGGGCCCGUGGAGCCAACGCCACCGACAUUGUGAUUCUGGUGGUGGCAGCUGAUGAUGGCGUAAUGAACCAAACUGUGGAAUCCAUCCAGCAUGCCAAGAAUGCUAAAGGUAAACUCCACUUGUUAGUCAGAACUGAGAACAGAGUCGUUCUGCUUCCUCCAGUGUUUUCACUCUGCUUUGUUGCAGCCCCACCUGAUGUGUGUUUUUCCGUUGCUAUUGUGUGUGUGUGUGCGUGUGCAUGACAUUUCAGUGCCGAUAAUUGUGGCGGUGAAUAAGUGUGACAAACCUCAGGCCGACCCUCAGAGAGUAAAACAGGAGCUGCUCGCUUAUGACGUUGUCUGUGAGGAGUUUGGAGGAGAUGUCCAGGCCAUCCAUGUCUCUGCUUUGAAGGUAACCCACCUUUAAACCAACCCACUAACUUACUAACUUACUGGCUGAAACUAACUAACUAAUUGACUUACAAACAAACUGACUUGCCAGCCAGUUAACUCGAUGACUUACUAAUUCACUCAACAACUAACUAAUUGGCUAACUCUCUCAUUUAUUAACUCAGCCAUUCACCCGAUUACUCUUAAACACGAUUAUUAACUACAAACUUAUCGACCAACUCAUUAACCACUCACUUUCCUUCACACUUAGUUGCUUACUCACCUACUGACUGACUAGCUGGGCUUACUAACCAAUUAAAUAGCUCAUUGACUUAAAUCACUAACUUUCUAACUAAAUCACUGUUUCACUCACUUUUUUGUUCUGCGACCGCAUAACAAACCUACAAACUAACUUACUUAUUUGACUAACUAUCCAACUAACUUACUUAUCUACUAACCAACCAACUAUCUAACUCUAUCACUAACCCGCUCACUUGUUUAUAAACUAACUCACGAACUUAAAUACUAACUAAAAACCUACUGACUAACUGGCCGACUGACAAACUUACUGGCUCAGUAGCUAACUAGCCAACUCCAUAAUAACUGACUCACUUACGAACUCACUAUUUUAUAAACCUACUUACUAGCUAACUAACUUGCUUACUCAUUUACUCAUCGACUAGCUUACUCAUUCACCAAUCCACCCACUUAUUCACUCACUCACUGAUCAUUUUAAUACUGAUAUCAUCGUUGUUGUCAUUGCCAGGGCGACAACCUGAUGGCUCUGGCUGAGGCCACUGUGGCACUGGCAGAAGUUAUGGAGGUGAAGGCAGAGCCAAGUGGUCUAGUGGAGGGACUCAUCAUCGAGAGCCGCACAGAUAAAGGCAAAGGGUGGGUACUAUGACUCAUGAUUUAAUAUGGUUCCAGUGUUUAGUGUUUCCUGAUCCUGUAGUUCGCAGUGGUUCUGGUUUGGUGUAUCUUAAGUCUUAAGUUCUUGGUCUUCUUGAUUAAGUUGCUCUUGAGCCUCAGUUUCAAGAUGGUUUUGGGUCUUUCACUCUAGAUACUUGGGUUCUGGAUAGUUCUGGUUUAUUUAGUGUCUUUGGUUCCUCAAAUUUUAGACGGUUCUCUGAAUACGCUGUAAUCGAGUGAGUGUCUCUAGACCCCUAAGUGACAUUUGGUUCUUGUUUAGUGUCUCUGGAUCCCAAAAUUCUAGAUAGUUCUAACUUGGCUGUUCGAUUCCCUUGUCUGUCUGUUGUGUCCUUGGGCAAGACACACAACCCACCUUGCUCCCGGUGUGUGUCCUCCUCUGGUGUAUGAUUGUGAGUGAUGAUUGUUGGUGGUCGGAGGGGGUUGUCAGUCUGCCACAGGGCAGCUGUGACUACUACUGUAGUUUACCACCACCAAGGUGUGAGUGUAUGAGUGAAUGAAUGAUGUAUCCAAUGUAAAGCGCUUUUAGGUCACUAAGAAAAAGUGCUAUAAAAUCUGAUGCAUUAUUAUUUAUCAUUAUUAUUAUUAACUUCUUUCAAUAAAUUCUGAAUGGUUCUGGAUAUGCACCUCUGGAUCCCAGACUUUUUAAUGGCUCUGGUUCUGGUUCUGUAACUUUGGCUCUCUGAUCUUCACCACCUGUUCCUCAGUCCACUGUCGACUGUCAUCAUUCAGCGGGGGACAUUGAAGCGAGGUUGUGUUCUGGUGGCAGGAAAGAGUUGGGCUAAAGUCCGCUUCCUGUUUGAUGAGAAUGGGCAGACGUUGAAGGAGGCGGGGCCUAGUGUGGCGGUGGAGGUGGUUGGCUGGAAGGAUUUGCCAUCUGCGGGAGAGCUCCUGCUGGAGGUGGAGUCAGAGGUAAGACCAGCGCACCUGUCUUCCUGUAUAAUGCAGGUCAUAUGUAAGACCUUGUCUCUGCAUGCGUACAUGUUUUAUCUGUAUAUAAAGAGAUGGUAUAUGUCUGAAUAAAUAUGAUAUAUGAAACGUACUGUUUAGAUUUAGAUUCUGAAGAAUGUAGGAUGGAGUGAUAUCUGCCACUAUCAUUAAUGAAUUUAAUGAAUAAUCUGUGGAGAUCAUUUACAUGACUGUUAUAUCUAUAGCCUCUGUCUAUAAACCUGUAUAUGUAUGUGUGCGCUGAGCAGCAGAGGGCGAGGGAGGUGGUCGAUUGGAGGACGUAUGAGGAGGAGCAGGAGAAGCUGCGGGAGGAGCAAAGCGCCAUCGAGCAGAAACAGAAGCUUCACCUGGACGAAUACAAGAAGGAGAGGGAGAAGCUUAGCUCCCUAGGCUGGAGGAAGAGGAAGGCAGCCAUCUACCAGGCCAACAAGUUAAAGUACGCCAUGAGAGACAGUGAGAAGAUGCAGAGCUCCGAGCCCCAACUGCCACUCGUCAUCAAAGGUAAUGUAGACACCCUGAUAGGCUGCUGACACACUGUAGUCACACCUGAAGAGGUCAGCAAUGGCGUGUUUACAAGACAGGUAUCAGCUGUUUACACUGAACUCUUCUUGACCUUACAUUUGACUCUUGGCCUCUGUCCUCAGGUGACGUGGACGGUUCAGUGGAGGCCAUUUUAAACAUCCUGGACAGUUACGAUGCUGAGGAGCAGUGUCAGCUCCAUGUGCUGCACUUUGGCAUCGGAGAUGUUUCAGAAAACGACGUCAACAUGGCUGACACCUUUAGAGGUAAACAAACAACCUGCAGGCUCCCAUACAGGAGAAGGGUCAGAGGUCACAGAGAGGGGUUUGUUUCUGGACCAGGAGAGGUUCUUUAUGGUCUGUUCUUUGAACACAGGCGGCAAGAGUGUUUUCACUGGUUGGGUUUCUUAAUCUGUCUUCUUCAGGGUCGAUUUACGGUUUUAACGUGAAGGCAAGCAAGUCAAUCGUGCAGUUGGCGGAACAGCGAGGCGUCCCACUGAAACUUCACAACAUCAUCUACAAAAUGGUCGACGAGCUGAAGGAAGAGCUAAGCAGCAAGUUGCCUCCCGACGUCUCUGAGAACAUCAUCGGUGAGGAACAGGAGCUCUCUGGAUCCAAACUAAAAACUAAUCUUUAAACAUGUGGUGUGAUUGAGGACCUUGAUGCCAGCCGGGAAAAAACAGCUCUGAUUUCCCUCUCUCAGGUGAAGCGACAGUGCUCGCCAUGUUUGAUGUCACCGUGGGAAAGAAGAAAAUCCCAGUGGCGGGCUGUAGGGUCCAGAAGGGUCAGCUGGACCAGAGACUUAAGUUCAGACUGAUCCGAGAACGAGACAUCAUUUGGGAGGGUGAGUCAUAUCUGGACCUGACCUAAGCAGUCGGUGGGUCCCACAGGUGUUGGUGGUUAACCUCCUCAGGUUUCCCCUUCUUCCUCAGGUCCACCAAAAAAAUCUCAAGUAUAUUUUCUGUCAGUCCUCCUCAAGUUUUCUUGGUUUUGCCAGUCCCCCUUUGGUUCCUGUAGUUUCUCUUACGAACUCCCUCUAUCCUCCUCAUGAUUGUCUUUGUUGAGGUUCUCAUUCUGUAUCUGCCCUCCUCAGUUACUCUUAACCGUUUCUUGUCUGUCUUCCUCAGUUUCUCAUCAAUGUCCUCUGUCCUGUCCUCCUCAGGUUCUCUGGCGGCGUUGAAGCACCAUAAAGACGACGUGCAGACUGUAAAAACGGGGAUGGAGUGCGGCCUGUCAGCUGUUGACCAUGGAGACUUCAGACCAGGCGAUGUCAUCGUCUGCUUUGAGGAGGUGGACACUCCUCAACUCACUACCUGGGAUCCUGGUUUCUGACAGCCAGCAGCAGAGGAUUAUGGGACGUGGCCUCCUGUUGUAGUCACAGGAAGCUGACAAACUGCUGGCACUCAGACUUUCUGUUGGAUGUUUAAAUGCAUUUCUGAUUAUUUAUUUUUCUUAGUUUGGAUCAAAAAUCAGUCAGAUAAUUGAAUUCAUAUUUUCAGAAUCAGAAGUCAAAGGGCUGACUCUGAUAUCUCUACUGCUGAGCGUAGCUCUGAAGACUUUAAUUCAAAGAGUACAAACUCAGCUGCUGCCAAAGUGAUUAAAGACCCACUCCGAUGAAAAUCGUGUUUUCCUUGUUUUUUUACAUGUACAUAUGGCAUUUUUCUGAUGCUACAGGACAUACCAUGAGAAAAAAAAAGCGCAAAAUUGCUUCUCUGCGUAUUUCUGCAUUCAAAUUGCUGGGACUCUCUGACAGACCCAAAAGACAGGCUUAGGUACAGUGAGGUUUCAAAUGUUUCAAAUCCAAGCUGCAACCCCAGAGCCCUGCUAUGCAGGACAGACUUGGAGAAAUAGAGAGGACAAUCGCAGAACAAUUGUGUACCGUACUGGUUGCAAUGCUCGUAAGAAAGCUAAUUAUGAUAUUAGCUUUCAUCGUGUCCCUGAAGACAUUAGUGUCCGAGAGCUGAAUAGCUCCUACGUUACCUGCUUCUGCUACUACAUCAUGAAAUGCUGCAAGCUAGCGUGAAGAGGAGUGUGCAGAGCAGCGCUGCCCCCGCCCAUGACUCAGAAGCAAAUCGCUAAAUGAGCUACUGCAGCUCUGCAGAAGAAAAGCCGUUGAGAAUGACACCGGUAACGUGAUUUUGGCUAAAAACCUCAUAAUCACAAUUUAAAGACCACUAAAAACACAUUAAGUAGUCUUAAAAAAAAAAACGAUCGGAGUGGGACUUUAAAGUCUUGUGUCUGCAGAAAUACAGGCAAUAGAAAAGUUCAGUCACACCUGUGUGUGAUGGUACAGGUGUAUCUCAUCAGGUGACCUGAGUGAUUAUUUCACUGUUGUCAUUCAGACACUUUGAAUUGCUUUAGUAAAUCUGUAGACUCCUGAAACCUUCACCAUGAAACAGGAAAUCUGCAAACAUUUAACACUCAGAACAUACCGCUGCAAUUUCCUGAAUGUUGCAUAAUAUGGAAACAACUUAACUGUUUUAGUGAUGAAUCUGAAUGAAAUAGUUUUAUGUUUCAGAUAUUUUAAUAAAAAAAUCGAAUCAAAGAAAAUUCUUACAUCAGCUUCUGUUAAAUGUUUCUUUUUAUACAUCAGAAAAUCUCCUGGUUUCACAAAAUGUUAUCAAACUUAACAGAAAUCAAACAGUACAUCUAAAAUCCUGCUUACUCGUUAAACAUCUGCAGACAGAAACCAGAGAAAUAAAUGAAAUCUUGUAAAAUAUUGACCAAAGCUUAACUAAAAGUCCACAUAUACUUUCAAUCAUCUUGAUCCAGUCUCUCAGCUCUGACAAUCUUCCAAGUGGACCUUCAGUCAGACAGAGGAGCAGAAAAAGAGUCUGCUGUGAGGACAAACUUAGCCCCAUCACAGCGCUUUUAAUAGCAGGAAAGAAGUUUUUAAAAACACAGACUGCUCCUUAAAUCUGACACGUCUUCCUGUCAGAGUCCUCUGACCUCACUUCUUCUUAGUCUUGCUGGGUUUUGCGAGCAGCGCAGGGUCAAUCUGGUCCGGGUUCAGCCCUCUGACGGAGAAGAGCCGCGCAGCCCGCUCUGUCAGCGUCCCCCCACAUUUCAGACCUCUGCUCAUCAGCUCCCCCUUUAGGAUGUCCAGACCCAGAGCCUCCAGCUCAGAGACCGAGGUCACCCCGGACAGGUCCACCUGAGACACAGAGGACGAGUCCAUCUGG